AUGGGAAUGACGGCCGCAUUUUCGACCAACAUGUCUUUUCACGGCAAUACCGGUAAGAAAUCUAAGUCCUCUAAGGGCAACUCAUGGAACGGUUUGUACCUGGAGCGUAAGAAAUCGGACCGAGGCACUAUUAAUGUUCGCCGUCCUGAUGCGGCUCCGGAGCCGUCGAAACCCCGUGGUCGUUCUCCUGGGAGGAGUGGCUGUCAUGAGACUCAUCAUGGAAGCCACCGUAGCAGCUAUAGUAGCUCCCUGGGAAGCCCUGGUGGAAGCCCUCAAAGAGACCAGUAUAAAACUAAUUAUAUAGGCCAGCAUGGAGACCAGCGUGGAAACCAGUAUGGAAGCCAGUACGGGAACCAAUAUGGAAGUCAGUAUGGGAACUAUGGAGGCCCGAACAUCCCGCCUCCACAGCAGACCAUGCCAACUCAGCCAACCGUACCUGAAGAACCGGUUCCAUUUGCUUCUCAGCCGGGAGGUCAGCAACCUACACAAGCUGGAUACCAAGUGGUAGAGAUGCCAAUGCCAGGAGGAAGACCAUUACGAGUAUCGGUUGCAACUGGAUAUACAGCAAAUGGGGUCGCGUAUCAAGCAAAUGGCUACUUGCCCCCCAACGGAAACCCAAAUGGAAACCAGUAUCAAGCAGCCAGUAACGCCCAAGCGCCUGGCUGCACCAAAGACAACCCAGUAAAUCAGUACUACCGAGGAAGUUGGUUUUAA